ACAACACCAACUGAUGGGGGAAAGAGAAAUGACGGGAGAACUAGUUGUGAAAGACAGUUGAGUUUUCAUAACAUCUUUAAAAACAUUUCAAACGGCAACAUUUUGACAUUUCCAAGCGUAAAACAUUUGAUAACGACUACGAGACGCCACGUGCAGAUGUCCCGAGAGCCGAUAGCGCCACAUGGAGGCUGUUCUAAAGAACUUGGAGAGUACCGCGGAGCUGCUUGCCUUGUCGCAGACCGACAUAGUGCUGAAGUGGGACAAACAAACGCUCGACAGGGCCUUUCAGUGGGCUCAGUACUGCGAACAACUCUACACAAGGUUCCACGCAAACCCGACGGUCAGGGACAUUUUGGAGAAACAGCUACAGGCAACAAACGAACGAUUACAAGUAACUUUCCCGGGCUACACGGGUAUCUUUUUCCCUGACCUUUUGCAGUUUCAGCAUUUGCUGCUGGUGGGGUUGCUAAAGAACGCCUCUGUUCCGAGCUCAGUGAUCAAACUACUUUUUGACACAAGUUCUUCGACGGUUGGAGAGACAUUUAAGGACACUGUCGGUUAUUGCACUGAGCUCAUUGUAGUUAAAUCAGCAUGCAAAGUCUUAAGCGGCCUUAAUGCGAAACGCGCUGUAUCAUUUCCUAGUCCUGAUGCUGAAGUGAUGGGCACGGCACUGAUGGACAUACUGGAGACCAUACUCUCACCAGCCACAGGCAGGCCCAAAGUGGACCUUGCAGAGACGUUCUUGGACUCCAUCUUACAAACCUGUGGUGAAAAUAAAAACGUCUCAGUGAUUCUUGCCGCUGCUCUCCUGGCGAAGAAACACAACAGUCACAAAACAACGGCACUGCCAACAACAAAAACGGCAUCGACAACGACUUCUGGAGCUGAUCCUGAAGACUUCCUCCUGGACUGGCUGCAACAACAACAACCAGACCUCCUCCGGAACAUGUUGUCCACGAUGCCCAGAAGGCUUUUAAAGGACCUCUCCCAGCACUCGGUGAAGUUUCGGCUGGCUUACCAUAACAUGUUGAAGUGGUGGGGGUCGCAGUUGGAGUAUGACCCGAGCACCGGGGAGUGGCUUCAAAUCUGCGCCAGCGACGGGCUGUCAUUCAAAGAUUUGGCCGACCGUUAUAGGUUAGUGUUGGGGGCCUGUCCGUUGAUGAAAGAGGAAGUUGAGAGGGAACUGAGGGCACUGAUGGCUGCCGACGGGGACUUUGAUGUCAGAGGGCUCAGUGUGUGGACGGACCUCCACGCUGAGCUUCACGGAGCACUUUAACUGUGCCACAUGUGUCUCCUCAUCCGUCAUGUGCUGGCAGCGUUGCCAGACAAGCAGCGUGGGUCCCUGUUGGACCUGGUUUGGUGCCAUUGAUUUAAACAGCACGGAUGCGCUGCUGCGUUUCAUGUGUUUGUCCAGUUACAGUAAUAAAUGUUUUGUUUUAACAAAUC